AUGCGCAGAAGGCACCGAUUUAGCCGCUGUAUUUCCUGCUUGCUGUUUCCACUCGAAGCGAUGGCAGAAGUGAAGGCUUCCCUGAUUUCUGGAGUUGUGUUGGCUUUCCUGAGUUCGGCGGUGCUUGCAUUUGUUGAGGAUCUAGAUGACACAUUUAAAGACACUAGAGUGAAUGACAUCUGGCUGGUUGAUUUCUACACUCCGUGGUGCGGUUACUGUAAAAAGCUAGAGCCAGUAUGGUACGAGGUGGGAGUCGAGCUGAGGAGUUCAGGGUCGCCGGUUCGCGUGGGAAAGAUGGAUGCAACUGCUUACUCUGGAAUGGCGUCAGAGUUUGGCGUUCGUGGUUACCCUACAAUAAAACUGUUAAAGGGUGAUCUUGCCUACAAUUACAAAGGACCAAGGACAAAAGAUGACAUCGUGGAGUUUGCCAACAGGGUGGCAGGACCAGCAGUCCGAGCUCUUCCCAGCAAGCAGAUGUUUGAGCACAUGAUGAAACGGCAUGAUGUGCUCUUUGUGUACGUCGGUGGGGAGUCUACCCUUAAAGAGAAGUACAACGACGUAGCCUCUGAGCUCAUUGUUUAUACUUACUUCUUCUCGGCUUCAGAGGAAGUCUUGCCAGAGUCGAUGUCUUUGCCAGAGCUUCCUGCAGUUAUAGUGUUUAAGGACGGAGCCUACUUUACCUAUGACGAGUAUGAGGACGGUAGCUUGUCAUCGUGGGUGAACAAGGAGCGCUUCCAAGGAUACCUGCAGAUUGAUGGCUUUACCUUGUAUGAGCUUGGAGAAACAGGCAAACUGGUGGCGAUUGCAGUCGUCGACGAGAAAGACCCCACAGAGGAGAGUGGCAGAUUAAAGGCCUUGAUUCAGAGGGUGGCGAAGGAAUACAGAGAACAUUUUAACAGUGACUUCCAGUUUGGCCACAUGGAUGGGAACGACUACAUUAACAGCCUCAUUAUGGGCGAGGUGACGGUGCCCUCCGUUAUCAUCCUCAACACAUCCAACGAGCAGUACUUCCUGCCCGGCGAGCCGAUCGAGACCAUGGAGCAGCUGGUCCAAUUCAUCAGCAGUGUUUUGAACGGCUCUGCACAGGCAUACGGAGGCGAUGGCAUCAUUCAGAGGAUCAAACGUGUGGCCUUUGAUGCCAGGUCCACUAUUAUGUCAGUGUUUCGAAGCUCUCCUCUGCUGGGCUGCUUCCUGUUCGGCCUACCGCUGGGCGUAAUUAGCCUGAUGUGCUACGGCAUCUGCACAGCUGAGUCGGAUGAUGGUUCGGAUGACAUCGACGCGCUCAAGAGGGAGGGCCUGACCGAUGAAGAGGAGGAAGAAGAGGAGGAGAGGCAACGCGCCGCUGAGCUCGAAGGCCCCGACGACGGAGAGAACGAGGAGGAGGAUGUCGGAGAGAAGGAUCCCGAAGUGAAGAAAACCGAUUAACACAGGGGCACCCGCCACAUAGAGGAUGAUAGGCCUAGUCAAAGGCAGUGACAUGAAACUCAAAGACAUAUCAAUGUAUUACUGUUCUGCUUCUUUGUUUUUCAUCUCACUUCCCCUAAAAGCCCCUCCAGCACAGACUUUUCCCUCCCGUCUUUGAGUUCUGUGUGUCGGUGCGUAAGGUCGGCCGCUCGGUGAAGCCAGUGAAUUAUAUUGAAGCUAACAGCCUUUUUAAUGAUGGAGAGUAAACACAGCGCUCAUGAGAAAAGAAGGGAUGGCUGUGAACCAAACAUACCACCUUAUUUAUUUUGAUUCAACCAAGCAGUGGUUUAUUCCAUGUGAUGUGCGACACUCUCUCUUGUUGUUAGGUUGUUGUUUUGAAACCACUUAAAAGCCCUCAUUAUAUCUAGUUUUGGUCAUAUCCCAAACUGUUGUGUUUUUCUCUUCGAUUCUAAUUUACUGUAAUAUCCUUCAGAUGUAGAAAAAGAUAAAUCUUGCCUUCAAAACGUAAUGGAAAAUGAACACACUGAGAUAUUUUGUUUACCUCUACCCCAUUCCAAAGCUUAUGUAUCAUAAUUAAUGCGCGUAGAAUGAAAAAGGAAGUGCCCAAGAAGGAAAGUCUGCCAUAAAUGAAAUGUGCUUUUUUUCUAUUGUAUGCUAUUGCCUGAAAAUAUUCCCCCUUUUUCUUCUUCUUCUUAUUCUCGGGGUGCAAAGUGCUGAGACGGUCAUGCAUUUCAUCUUAUCUCUCUGCCAGACACCUGUUUGUGCCCAUUUUUGCUGAAAGAUGAUGAAAAGAGUUGGGUUGGUAAUUGGUGUCAGUCUCUCUGAUACCAAAAAAUGGCAGACGGACAUAUUUUUUUUCACCCAUUUCCACCCAGCACGACCACCCUGCUAAAAAUUCCUUGUAUAGAUGGGGUGUAUCUGUCUAGAAAAGCCAUAACAUGCAUCAGUAGCUCCUGUGGCUCUUAACAACUCAGGCAGGCCCUGUCUGUUUCCAUAUUUCAGUCUGUCCUCCAUCACUGGUUUCUGUAUUGAAUUCACUAGGCAGGUUGAAGUUUACAUCCCAAUGCAGUGAGAUGAACUUUGAGAAUAUAGAAUAUUAGGACUGUGUUCCCGCUACUAAGAUGGACUCUCUUUUGUUAUAACCCAAUGUUGUCAGUUAGUCGUAAGGCUUAGAAGUUCUUCCAUGUCUCUUUUCCUAUCCCAAGUGUAUGUAAUAGGUCAAUACAAGUAGAGGUUAUGGCUUCCUGUUUAAAGCUGGGGAAGGCAGGUUUUUUGUUUGUUUUCGUUGUGUUUUGGGUCAUAAUUCGACAAAUAAAUACUUUAAUCCUUUUAGCCUAUUGUAAUUCAGGUGUCUGAGGCCAAACUAGGCUUCUGUACCUCCUCCUGGCUGCAUUUUCAGGCCUUUGAAAAUGUAAAAAUUAGGAUUUUAGCCAGUCGGAGGGCUUUCUACCAAUCAAAUGUGAUACUAUAAAGAGCAACAAAGCCCAUAGAGAGGACAAGAUGAUGUUUUGCAAUGUGUUAGAUGGAAAAGUUUCACUCAGAUGGGUUUUGUUGCAUUUUUAUCUUUGUUUUUUCCUUUUUCAAAUCUUUGCCUACAUCAGCUUUACCUCAAGAGGCCAACCUAUUCCACAAAUAAGCAAAUGUUCCUUAAGGUCUGUUACAAACCUUUUCUUAUUAUAAACACACAGUACAGUGCACCUUAUUGGAUUUGGGGUCCCGUGAGGCGAGUUAAAACAUGUUUUUUGAGUGUCUAUAAAGUAGAUUCUUAUUCUUAUUUUGUGCAGGAAAAUAUCUGUGACUCCAGUAAAAAACCUAUUCACCUUAAUAUUGGAUGUUUUUUUUUGAAAAUGAUUUUGUUUUUUGCCAAGAGUUACAUGAGAUAGUGCUCACAUGUCUGUUCGGCAACUGUAAGGUUAGCAGCUAGUCAGCUUAGCUUAAAAACAGGAAACGGGGAAACAGCUGGCCUGCCCAAAGGUAAGAAAAUCUGCCUAGCAGCGCUAUUAAAAGUCAACGCAACUUCAUCGCGCUGUUGUAGCUCAGUAACUCGAUCGACUUAGGAACUUCGACAUAAGCACACCUGCUGUUUUUUAGCAUACAGAGGCUGUCUGUAUUCUUACUGUGAAACUGCACUAAAGGAAAACCAUGCCCUCGCCUUGCCUUCUGGUCUUUGUAGUUGCCUGCCAUUCUCUGCCAAACUUCCUCUUCGGGUUUGAAUUGAGAUUGUCACACUUUACUACAGGUUUGAAAGAUUGAAAUAAAGAUUGUCCUCUUUUUUUCGUUGA